AUGGAAAGCAUUGCUAUCUCGUCAACCACGACCAUUGCUGUAUCGCACUUCCGCAACCCUCAGUUGAGCGCGGAAGGGCUUGCACCAGUGGAAACCGGCCACCCUACUAGUCAUGUCUCGAAGCGAAGUCUUUCGAGCCCUUAUGGGCCUGAACACAACGGUGAUGUUGGGGCAUGGCUCCUUGAUCAGAUCGACGAUAGCCUUAACCCUUACGGCUCUCUUGAACAGGGCCGAGGAACGACGGGGCUGACGUUCCCACUGGAAGAUACAGCGGACGAUUGGCACCUGGUCAACCUAUGGGGUUGCACAUCCGUCGUGGUCAUCUCCCGCAAACGCAUGUUUCUUACCCACAUCUGGGAAAAACCUUCCAUGGAACAGCCACAGCUUUUCCAAAGUGAUGUAUUGGAUGUUCUCCGAAAUGGUAGUCCGGUGUUUCCCCACGGUCUUACAGUAUUCACUGUGCCCGGCGAAGGCUUCGAAAACAUUGCAGAGAACAAACUUGUCGGUAUCACCGGUAUCAUCCAUCGCAUCACCAGCUUUGACUGCGCCUACUCCGUCCACCCUCCAGACAACGGCCAGGCCGUCAUUGAGCGACUCAACCGGCGAAAGCUCAAGCCCACCGCCCUCGUCAAUAGCCACAUCAUCACCAACUUCAAAGUCUUCUUUGACGUCGGAGACUCCGUUUCUUACGUGGACACCGGCACAGCCUAG